CUCUAACAAUUUCGAAUCCCUAUCUACUCCUUUGUCUAGGACUUAAUUUAUUCACGGAAAAUGCAACGAUGAAUCAAACGCAGAGCUUCACUCUUGUCGAUCCAUUUGAAGAACAGUCUAUUAUCUCUCUAAACCCUCGAACACUCCGACUUUCCAAAGAUGCGUUGAAAUCCAAAGACCUCGAAGCUGUACACCAGUAUACGAUAUCAAUGGCAUUACAAAGCCCUGAUAAGUAUUUUGAGGAAGCAAAGUCAGUUGUAGAUGGAGGUUUAGAAUUCCUCAAUACCAAGAAAACUGAAGCUGAUAUAAAAGAGAAGGAAAACCCUCAAAAGCACAGACCAGGUUUAGUCCGGAAGCGUGCUAAGUUCUCUUUGAAGCCUGAUACAAGCCAGUCUUCUACACUCGUGGAACCAAGUCUUGAAAUUGAUCAGCUGCAGGAUCCAGAAGAAUUUUUUGCAGCCUUUGAAAAGUUUGAAAUUACAUCAUCCUUCUCUAAUCUUGACACCCAAAAAGAGCUCAAGAGACAGAGAGGUGGUGGAGAUGUAGAUGAGGUUAAAACAUCCACUACUGUUAGACAUCGUCGUCCAGAAAUACCAAGGAGAAAAGUUAGUUAUAAGCAUUAUGAAUACUACAGUCAGUCUCAGGAGUAUACAUCAGUUGCUCAAGAGACAUUGCAAGAUAAGAUUGUAAGUCCAAUUCCACCUACUCGAUGUUUACAACAAGAAUCUUUCACACCCAAUCAGCAAUGUGAUGAAGAGGAAGUAACUGAAUCAAUAAGUAAGAGUGAGAAUAGGAUCCACAAGAUGUUUGAUGAAUUAAUGGCUAGUAAUAUUGAGAAUUUAGAUGGAAAUGAGGCGUUAUCCUUUUUAAAAGAGCGUAUGAACAUCAAAGAUGUUGAUAUAGAGGAUUUACAACUUCCAGAGUUCCAUGAAAUUCCUAGAGUUGACUUUAUUUCUCCAUUCAAGAAUUUACUACAAGAGUCUCAGAACAAGAGCAUAUUGACUACUGAUACAACAGAAAAAGUAUUAUUACCCAACAAGUACAACCCCCCAUUCCAAUCUGUAGAUCCAUUCUCCUCCACCCAUGGGCAUGAUGUUGAUUCACAUCCCACAACUUUUACUAAAAUCAUUAGUGCCAGCAAGGACAUGGUUUCUGCCACAUCAGCGAAAAAGAAUAUUACAGAAACUGCCACUGCCACUGGUGAUAUGGAAGACAGGGAGCAUAAUGUGGAAGAAAGGGAUGCAGGUGAUAUUCGAACAAACGAAGAUAUAAAUGGAAAUAGUGAAGAUACGGUGGCAAAAGCAGCAUCUGUUGUUAAAGAAUUUAGUUUGGAUGUUGAGGAGAUUAUUAGUGAGGAGAAUAAUAAUGUUGAAGAUGUGACAGAGAAGGCAGGAGAAGCAGAAGUAAAUGUUGUGGAGGAUUUGGAUUUGGAUUUGAGGCAACCAGAUGCUGAUGACGUGAAUAUUGAGGAGGACAUGGACAUGGAUACUAGUGGUCAAAGUCUUGAUAUUGUUCCUGUCCCUGAACAACAAAAUGAGGAGGAGGAGCAUCGGAGGAUAAAUAAAAAAACAAAUAAGAGAAAGAAGAAUAAGAUUGAUCCAAAAAAGCGUCGCCAGAGCCUUGCAGGGGCGGGGUCUAGUUGGACGUCAUCUGGAGUAAGACGAAGCAGCAGAAUUAAAAGGAGACCCUUGGAAUAUUGGAAGGGAGAAAGACUCUUAUACGCUCGAGUCCAUAACAGCCUGCCGACAGUUAUCGGUGUGAAAUAUAUAUCUCCAAGUAAGGGGGAUGGAUUCAAGGUGGAAUCUUUUGUCUCUCACAAGUACAAACACCUUGUUGAGUUGACCGCUCUCCAUUGACUUUGACUCACUCACUUUUUGACCUUUUUCCCAUGCAUGUAUGUAAGUUACUUGCUUGCUUACUUACUUGUUGGUGCAAGAAAACAACUUUGCUUUUAGAAUAGACGCAUCAAAUAUCAAU